AUGCCUGCUCAAUUAAAAAACUCUGAUACUUACGUCACAUUAAACAAUGGUGAAAAAAUCCCAUCAGUCGGGUUAGGUACUUGGAAAUCUCAAGAAAAUGAUGGUUACAACUCUGUCAUUUAUGCUUUGAAAGCUGGUUAUAGACAUAUCGAUACCGCUGCCAUUUACAGAAACGAAGGUGAAGUCGGUAGAGCUAUCAAAGACUCAGGGGUUCCAAGAGAUCAAAUCUUCAUUACCACAAAGCUGUGGUGUACUGAAUUCCAAAACCCAAAGAGAGCUCUAGAAAGUUCUUUGAAAAGAUUAGGUUUGGAUUACGUUGAUUUGUAUUUGAUGCAUUGGCCUGUUGUUUUAAACCCAAGAUAUAUCAAAGAUGAUGAUUACUUAGUGGUGCCACGUUUACCAGAUGGAACUCGUGAUGUUGACAUGGAAACUUGGGAUUAUAUCAAGACUUGGGAAUUGGUUCAAGAAUUACCUGCUACUGGGUUAACUAGAUCUGUAGGUGUUUCCAAUUUUUCAAUCAACAAUUUGGAAAAAGUUUUAUCUUCUCCAGGUAAUAAAUUGACCCCAGCUGUUAAUCAAGUUGAAUUGCAUCCAUUGUUACCACAAUUUGAAUUACAAAAAUACUGUGAUUCCAAAAAGAUUAAAUUAGAAGCUUAUUCUCCUUUCGGUUCAGAUAACGCUCCAAAUCUAAAACAAAAGACCAUUGUCGAUAUUGCUGCUAAGAAUGGUGUUUCCCCAGCUCAAGUUAUUACUUCUUGGAUCGUACAAAGAGAUAUCGUUGUUUUACCAAAAUCCGUUCACGAAGAAAGAGUCAUUUCUAAUUUUAAAGUCUUUGAUUUAUCAAAGGAAGAUAUUGCUGAAAUCGAUGCUCUUGCAAAGGUUAAUGGUGAAAAGAGAAUCAACAAGCCAGACUGGGACCCAUUCCCAGUUUUUGAAUAG